GUUGAACCCAACACACUGACAGAGGAGCAAUCUUACCAUCUUUGGCAACACCAGAAAAUAUAAAAAAAAAAAAAAAAAUAAAGGAAAAAUCCUAAACCCCAUCAGAGAGGGGUUUAUUGAAUUUUUAUGGUUGCUGUUGGUGGUUGAUUGCCUCAGUGCAAGUUUCUCUCUCUCUCUCUCUCUCUCUCUCUCUCUCUCUCUUCAAUGGAGUGUUCUUCUUCUCUAAGGUUUUGCAUACCCAAUAAACCUUUGCCAUCAAUCAGCACUGUAUUGUUCUCUAGUAUUUGCAGCAGCAGCAGCAGCAGGAGGAGGAAGCAGCAGAGACUCAUUUCCCAACAACUCUCUGCAGUUUCUUACAAGAAAUUCAUUCACUUUGCUUUGGAGGAAACCAAACUCCACACCCAUCUGGAACCUUCUCCCUUGCAGGAAAGAUAUAAUUCCAGGAUUUCAAUGGAUGGUAAAGCAGAUAUUCAAAUGUUAUCAUUCGAAGCUACUAAAAUCAGACAUCUACGAAGCUUAUGCAUUGAGAGCCAAACAAUGCAGAUUUUGGAUUUUGCUGUCUUCCCAGAACCCGAAUUUGAUAUGCCCAUAUUUUGUGCCAACUUCUUCACCAGUGCAAAUAUAAACAUAGUUGUGCUGGACCUCAAUCCGUUGCACGAUGUAAUCAGUCAAAGGCAUUACAGAGACAAAUACUAUAAAAGCCUAAUACCUCUUGGUGUUAAAUAUUCUGAGCUUUUACCCUGGGGAGGAAAGCUUACGAGCGAGUCACUUAAAUUCUUUUCACCAAUUGUGAUAUGGACAAGAUUUACGUCAAGCCCCAAAAAUUAUGAUGUUUUAUAUUCUGCAUUCAUGGAUUAUUACAAGGCAUGGCUUGCGCUGAUGGACCAAGCAGUAGUGGAGACAAAUGCCUCCCAAAUUAUAUGUAACCGUGAAGCGCAACAUAGAUAUCUAACAUGGAGAGCAGAGAAGGAUCCCGGACACGCACUACUGAAAAAGUUGAUUGGGGAGACACAAGCUAAGGACUUGCUGGUGAACUUCCUCUUUAAUGGAAUUGAUGAGCUAGGAAGCAAAACUUUCCUCGAUUACUUUCCAGAGUACGGCUGUGAGGAUGGGACUGUAAACCAGAGUCGCAGUAUGAUAGGAAAAUCUUUUGAAAGUCGUCCCUGGGAUACAAAAGGAGAAUUUAUUAGUAACAGAGACUUUUGAAAGUUAGAUUGUAACAUUAUUAUCUUCGUAUCUGUUCCGUUCGUCUUCCCUCUGUGGAUUCUUUCCCUUCCUUUUUGUUCUUUCGGAAUCCAGAUUUGUAUAUGGUAAUAUAACUUUUUCUAGAUAGACGAUGGUAAGAUGGAGUUACUGUUAUGCAGUUCAGUUGGGAACUGCUACUCAGUUGAGUUUUGUUUAUGCCCCUAGAUCAUGUAAUUUGCCACCUAAUGAAUAAAAUUUUAACUCAUCUCGAGUUGAACA